AUGAGUGAAUUCCCUUAUGACGUACUUAUGAAUUCUGCGAAAGAAUACAAUGAUAUUUUGUGCAGAUUAUUUAGGUUACAUACAUCAAGUGAUAGCGAUAUCGAGGCUUUUUUCAAAGAAUUAGAUAAUCAAAUUUCGAAGUACAUUGAAGGUUAUUAUGGAUUUGAUUUUCUUGAUAUAAUUUCAAAUGCGGCCAAAGGGAAUAAUCGAUAUGUCAAGUCAUACUUGACUUUGAUGAGUAGAUUUGUUCAAAAAUAUCCUCAAUAUCAUCGGAAAGGGAUUUCAUCAAUUGGUGAAUACAUUUUAGAUAAAUAUUUUUGGAUUAGAUUAUCUGAACCAAAUCAAACAAAAAUCAGUCACUUAUUAAAAUCACUUAUUUAUGAUGAUGUGAAAUUACUUGCUCCUCUCACAGAAGAAGACAAAUUUUCUCAUACUGAUAGCAUUGAAUUUAAUGACUUUCCAUGUGUGGAAAAACAAUUAUCUCUACUUGAAACAUGUUGUUAUUAUGGCUCAGUUAAUUGUUUCAAGUUUUUGAGAACAAAAUUCUCUGCAGAAAUCACAGAAUUAUGUCUUCAACUUUCAUUUUUAGGAGGAAAUCCUGACAUUAUGAGUGAAUGUUUGAAAUACCACAAGCCAGAUAAGAAAUGCAUGCAAUAUGCAAUCAUGUCUCACAACAUAGAUUUCGUUACAUUUCUCAUGAACGAACAUGAAAUUCCAAUCGAUGUAGACUAUUGCAUAAAAUACGAUAAUAUCCAAGCAUUUUUAAUUCACUAUGAUCAAACAAAUGAUAUCAAAGGAUUCAUAGCUAAAACUAUUGAAUACCCUUUUGUUUGUGAAUUCAUUCUUUCUUCAUUGCCUGAAAUCGAUAAAAAAUACCAAGGAGUUCUUUACUGUGCUAAAACAAUUUUAACUAAUCGCUAUAACUACACUAACGAAGAAUAUUAUGAUUUCAAAGAUGAUUCCGGAAAAACAAUUUUACAUUAUGCUGCAAUAUAUUUUCGUGAUAUAGAUCUUGAUUAUUAUGAUGAUUUUGAUUUUCCGUCUUCAUCUCUCUUCAACAUGCAAGACAAUGAAGGGAAAACUGCUCUUCAUUAUGCAGCAAUUAAUGGUAACAUGAAUUUUGUAAAGUUUUUUGAUGAAAGCGCAGAUUUUGAAAUAAGUGAUAAUGAAGGGAAGAUACCUCUACAUUAUGCAGUAAUAAGUGGUAAUGUGGAAAUGGCAUUAGAAGUCAUAAAAAAUACCCAAAAUAUAAGAAAAAGAGAUAACAAUUCGAAGUUUCCUCUUCAGUAUGCCAUAAAUGAUUCAAGAAUAUUCGAAUACCUUGUUUUUGAUUAUUCAACACUAAACCAGUAUUACGAACUAGAAGAUGCUUUGAAAUGCUAUCAAGGUGCAAAUACAAAGAUAAAAAGUUUUAUUUCGGAUUGGGAAUGUGGCUUUUGGGUUCCUGGGGAUGACUAA